CCAAAAAGUCACGUUAACUAUAUGGAUGUAAACAUCCGGUUGAGUUGGCGUCCAUAGUUACCAACCGAAAACGUAAAAUGUAUUUUAGUAGCGUCUGGUUUGGCUAAAACCCUCAAACAGAACUACUAAACAACAGCCAGGACGGAUAUGACGAGGGGCACUCUGGAUCGAAGACCCCGGUCUGCAUCGAGUGAGCGGCCAGGUAGCCGGGCAUCGAGCGUGUCCUCAGACGAACCUCAGGUUGUCAGCAGGACUCCAAGCGGUCUUUCAACCCGCCUUGAUGCUCUGAGGAACGAGUACGCUAGCCCACAGGUAUCCACGAUGACCUUAAAUGAUGAUAACUACCUUGAGGAUGAGCCAAGUACAAGCGAAAGCAGUCUCUUACAAAAUCAUACGGACGAAGAUGCCAAGGCUAUGCCUACUAACAGAAAACAUAGGGAUUGUAAAACUCAAGAAGCACUGGUUGAAAUGGCCAGAUUGGACUUUGUCUUGGCUGCAUCUGAACUAAAGCUUAACCAGGUUAAGUUACAAAGGAAAGAAUGGAGUCAAAAGCGUUGGAGCGAAUACAUGAGUAUACCAAGGACAUAUGAAUCUACUGCCGAAGCUGAAAACACAAAGUCGUUUUUGGCACUGGAAGCACCUCAUCAAGGUAAAAAGAAUAUGACCCAUUUACCAGAGGUAGAUGAUUCUCCCCACUUCACCCCGAUUGCCACUCCCCAGGGCAAGUGCAAGAAAGACUUUGUGAAGAGAAACAUUGAGCUUGCCGGGGACGCUGGAGGCCCUUAUCGGAUGACACCAGCGGAGAAGGCGCGGCUGGCUGAGCUCCUCAAGGAGUCCGACGAGGAAGAGGAACCCGCUCUCGGAGGAGCCGGCGACCAGGAGGGAGAUCCAUUUGUGUCGUCCUUCGCCACGAGCCACGCCUCCACCCUGGAACCAGCGGACCUGGAGCGCCAGAGACACAUCAAGUACCAGCUGAGCCUCCUCGGCCCGCUGGGCCCGGCGGAAGACUUCUUCCCCGUCUUCCUGACUGGCAGCGAGUCUGAGGUCACUGGAUCGGACGCCAUCUGGGGGCUCGGCGGGGAAAGCUGGGCCAGCAGUAGAUGUGCAGUGGACUACCUGAGGAAAAAGACAGCGGGCGAAGCCUCAUCUCCCAGGGACACAACGGCGGCCGAAGACAUCAACCCAGAGAUCCCACGCAUUAGUGCAGAGCAGCUGCGUUCCCUGUUGGAAGAGGCUGAGCAGUGCCAGAGGUCUCAUCCUCGGCCUCCCAUCUCCAAGGCCAAGCUGGCGGCCCUGCUCAAAGACCCAUACACCACCAGCUUCUCCCACAGCGGCCCGUUCCCCGCCGACGACUAACUGCCGCCAGAGAGGAUUGUGGGUCUCUUCUCGACACAUCCCUGUCCACACACCAAUGGCCAAACAAAAGAUAUGGAUGCACAAUAAUAAAGUUUGUUCAGGUCAGUUUUUUGUGUUGUUUCAAUCCCUGAUACACUUUGUUCACGUCAGUUUUUUGUCAAUCCCUAAUUAACAGUACAAACAAAAAUGAAUCUUGUCCCGCCUGUGUUGUGGGUGUGGUGGCACACCAUUUCGUUCUUCGUCUCCGUAAUUGUACCACUUGCUCCUGUAAGUUUCAAAAAGCAUUUGUAACGCGAGUGACAAGACAAGAUAACUUUCUUCUAAUGUUUAAUUAGAAAACAAAAAAUUAUAAUAUCAAACGCAGGGUCAAAAAACGAUGUUGCUACCUAUAGUUUUUGACCCCAAGUUAGUUAGGUCCAACCCUAGUUAACAGUGAUGUCAUAUUUAUUUUUUAACAUCAGAAAUACAAAAUAUUGAACCUUGGUUUAAACAUCAAAAUAGAUUAUCAUACAUUAGUAAAUUAUUCAUAUUAAACUUAUAUAAACCUUGCAAAUAAUAAUACAAUUAUCAUUACCAAUAAUUAAUUGUUUUUAACUAACUUAUUAUUAUAAAUCAAUUAGUUCCUCUUUGGCUCCUACAGUUAUUUUUUUCGUUUUAUAUGCGUUCAGGGGGGUGUAUUCAUAAGGGAUGUCUUAUUUGAAUGAGAACAGCAACUUUGUUGUCCCCAUCACAGCGGUCGAAGAGAGAACAGGACAUUCCUCUCACGUACUGCACAUCACACUGGAGCACAAGCGCUGUGUGUGAGGCCUUAUGUUCAGGGUGUUGACCGACAGAUCGAUGCAGAGGGAGACCAUGGGUUUGGUCUCUUUCGGAGAAACAGCAAAGCUCGGUUGAACUCCUAUUACCCAAGGCCUGCCCCCAAAUCCCUGCCCCUGUAGGUGAUGAGAUUCAGGGUUGAAUUAAAGUUGUUUAUAGUUAGUGCAAACCGGGACAUUUGUUAGCUAUGCAAUACAUCUCACUCUCAUCCUUUUUGGUAAGCAAGCAGGUAGAAUAGAAAGUGAUGGAAGUAGAAGAUUUUGGGGUUUGAGUGCUCAAUGCGAUAGGCUCGUCUGCACCUGGUUGACCUGUGAGCAAAGCUUAUUUAUUUUCUCUCUCUUGGAUUCCUAUCGGGUCUGCUCUCUCUCUCUCUCUCUCUCUCUCUCUCUCUCUCUCUCUCUCUCUCUCUCUCUCUCGCUCUCUCUCUCUCUCUCUCUCUCUCUCUCUCUCUCUCUCUCUCUCUCUCUCUCUCUCUCUCUCUCUCUCUCUAAAAUAACAAACAAGCAAGAUAGGUGAGGUUCCAUGGCCUAAACCAAUAUGUAAUUUUAACUGAUCCUCCUUAUUUGAAAUGCCAUAUCAUAUUCAUUAUGAAUACCGGAGGAGGAACUACAAGAAGUGCUGCAUGAGCAAGUGUGGCGUAGCUAUGUAGCCUCUGUUGCUACUCACGUUGAAGCCGUGUGGAAAAAAAAUCUAGUUUUCAUUGGGACUACUUUCUGUCACAAUGUUCCCAUGUCUAGUAGGGGGCCAAGUUAGGAUUUUCAACUCAGGUUCACAGGCACACACAUAGACACUAAAACCAGAGAAUUAGCCUGCAAUGUAAUAAACAAAACGUGUGUCCAACAUUUUGCUACAUAGCUCAUUGAUCAUCAGGGAGUUAUGAAGGAUGUCAAAGAAACACACACACAGACCACCUUUUGUCUUUAUCCUGGAACACAUGUGUGUAGUAUACAUUUAUUGCAAGGGAACCGCAUUGAGGCUAAUGUAUGGCCCACUAACCUCGUUUCCAUGGCGACAAGGUCGUUUCUAAUGUAAGGAGACCUGCAGUUAACCGAGUCUGUCUGGGUUUCCUCAGAGGGGAGCUGUGAGGGCUGCAUCGGGCCCCGAAACGGCUUGGCUCGUAAAAGACCCAAAUCGGCCAUCUUUAUUUUACUCUGGAAAAUUAUGAGCUGUUUAAUGAGAUACGAAUGGCUUUGAGGGCUAUGACUACCAUCCCCUCCCACAGCAUGCAUGUGUGUAUGUGUCUUGUUCAUGUCUUUCCACUGGUUCCUUUAUACAAUAGUAGUGUAAAGCGUAGACUAGGCGACACUCUUCCAGAGUUUGCAUUCAAGUGAAGGGGGCUCCUCAUUCCUUGCUUCUGCUCGUCACGUGAUCGCCGGGAGCUGGAAGGUAAGGUGGGUGGGUGAUGCACGUCUCAGGUGUGAUCGUAGAAGGAUCGAUGCUUUAGUAGGCCACACUUCAUGUUUAUUGGUGCAGGCUUUGGACUUCUUAACGAUUCUGCCCUUUUCUCCACAGGACUGUAUGAGACCCAGCUAAUGGAUUCCAGUUGUGUUGUCCCACCAUGGCUACAUUCAGGUGUUUUAAGUUUCAGACCUAAAGGAAAUGCGCUUUACCUCUCAGACUUUAGCAAUUAUGUCUUAAUGGUUCAGCAUGAAAUAAAAGCCAAGUAACUUGAAUACACUUUUUUUUUUUUCCUGAAGUGUUUAUUGUUCCAUGACAUUACACAUCACUGGUAGGAGUAUAAACAACAAUUUGUGGGUAAAAACUAUGGUACAAAUGUUUAUAGAAAAAGUUUCCCUAGUAUUAAAAAAAAAGUACAAAACCAAAAACAACAAAGACAUCCUUGUGUCAGUGUGCAAACAAACGGGAUCGAUACCAUAUUAUGGCAACGUUCCUGGAUAAAUUAUUUAAAUAGCAUUUAUCUACACAAAUGAAAUAAACUCUUAACAUAGAACAUAAUAAUUUAUAAAAAUGCACAGGACAUAUCGCACAACAUAGUAAAGGGAACAUUUCUUGAAUCUAUUACACUGCUGACCGGGCCUCUUUUUGCUACAAAAAUAUCUUAUAUACAGAAUAUAAAUGAUUGUACUUAAGUCUGUCUUGGGGAAAAAAUACAAGUCAACCAAUGUAUACUCUGCUGCUGGAAAAAGAUAUUCUCGUAUGGUGGCCUCAAUACAAACUCUAAUAAUGAUGAGGUAAUAUUUGUACUUCGUUUCAGUACUUUUCCUUUCAGUUUCCUUGUAAAAAAAUGUACACACAAGCUCAGGCACACCGAUCGUGCUUACCGUGCAGAUUAAGAAUAUUUGGAAAUAAAAUUAUCAAUUAAAACAUCUGGCAUACGCCUUACAAUAACAUACCAUGGCAUUGUAUUUUCCAGGUUUUCUUUAAUUGAUCACUGACUUUAGUUUUUUUUGAUGGCAACCAUGGUACAAAAAAUCUCUGACAAAUAAAUAAAUAAGAAAUUAAAGCAAUACAGGUCCAUUCCUCACACACAAAAGACUGGCACUUGACUAGUUACGUCCCUUGACACUGUUUUUAAAACUCAAAGAUAUCACCACAUAUUAUUCUAAAAUAUUCUUUUUUCAAAGCAAUACACGUUUGCUUUGAGGCCCUGUGCUGUCCUAGUCAUUGUACUCCUCCCUUCUUAGUCCCUCUGAUGGUGUUUCCUGAGCCAACGGGUCAAUCUCGUGGGACAGUGCAUAGCGUUUGGUUUAGGCCUCCAUUUGGAAGGCCUGCAAGACUCUGGGUCAAUGAGGAUAAAAUGACUCAUUGAUUAUCGAUGAUAAUGAUUCAUUGGCAAUGUGGUCUUCAUUACUAUGCUCUCAGUUUCCCAACUGCACAUGCACGCACGCAAACACACACACACAUAGAAACACAGAUAUAAACACACACACACACACACAUUCUUUGAUAGUAUCAGUCCAGUCUAUUCGUCCAUGGUCCCCUCCACGGGUCCUUCGAGGGGAGAGAAUCGCUCCCAACUUAACCAAAAUCCUCCUAGGGCAUUCUUCAUAUUCAAAUAAGUCUUUUUUGAGUCCACAGCAGAUCAAAAUUAUUGCUUAAAAAAUAAAACAUGAUGAAAAAAAAUGUCUUCCCUUUGAUGGCCAUACUCGGCAAACGCACCACAAGUGAGGACCGGGAUCUA